AUGGAUAAGAGUUGGGAUGGAAACCACGAUUUACUGGUUGCAAAUUUUGUAAACUGUGUAUCUUGUUGGUGGUCGCGCAGGACAAACGCAAGCAAGAUGUCUGUGGAAAACGCUUUCGAGACGAGCAAAAUAGUUCCCGAUGUCAUCCCAUCGACGCCCAAAGCCGAAAUAGGGUUGAAAUACCCAAGCGGCGCUGAAGCCAAACUGGGCAACGAGUUAACACCCACUCAAGUUAAAGACCAGCCCACCGUAACGUUCAACGCCGACCCAAAUGCCUACUACACUCUCAUCUUCACCGAUCCGGAUAACUACGACGGACCGGAGCCAGUGUACCGUGAAUGGCACCACUGGCUGGUUGGUAACAUUCCUGGCAACAAUGUAGCUGCUGGAGAGGUCCUCUCGGGAUACAUCGGUUCCGGACCACCAGAGGGCACUGGCAUCCACCGAUAUGUAUACAUCCUGUACAAACAGCCCGGCAAACUCAGUUUCGAUGAGAAGAUACUGUCUAAUAAAUCAAUUGACGGCCGCGCCGCUUUCUCGACGAAGAUGUUCGCGGAGAAGUACAACCUUGGCGCGCCGGUCGCUGGCAACUUCUACCGCGCGCAGUUCGACGACUAUGUGCCGCUGCUGUACAAGAGCUUAGGCGCU